AUGCCGACUUGCAUAUGCAUGCCGGCCACAGGACUCAACACGACGGGAAUCACCCUCGACGACGAUGAUUGGUUGGACGAGCACGGCGGCGAUCCCGAGAAGCGCAAGCAGCAGCAGCAGGCGCGGAGAGGGCCCGGAAAGGGCGGCCGUUGGUUUCCGUCGGCCGAGGCGGAGGAUGCGGAGGAGGACGAAGGCGGCGCGGAUGGUGGUAUCGGCGGGGACAGCAAUCCGAGUCGUCUAUCCUCUGACGCUAACGCGGACGUUCUCGCGGUCGCGGAUUGGGGCCGCGCGCCGCCCUCGAGAUUGCCGUGGGGCGAUUACGGCGAUGACGUGGACCCGUCGCGGGAGUCGUCGUCGGUGCUGAGGGCGGAGCGCGGGAGGGAGACGGGGGGGCGGGACGCGCGUGACGGUAACGAGCGGCGGUCUCCCACGGCUUCAGGUUCCGAUGCCAGCACGGGCACCGGCCGCUCGCGGCAGGGGGGGGCGGCGGGCGCAGCAGCGGCGGCGGCAGCAGCAUGGCGCAAGCGGAGUGGGCGCAGCUCGUUCCGCCUUGGUGGCUCCAGCAGGCGCGGAGAGGGCGCGGGGGAGAGCGAACGCGAGGUGGAGAAAGAGGGGAAGGCGCAAGGGGAAGGGACGGAUGCGGAGGGGGGAAAGCGCAAGUUUGGGGGCAGAAAGGCGAAAAGAAGUGCGGGGGAAGGGGAUGAGACCUCGGAGGGGCAAACGCGGGCGCGCACUCCGCACACACCCAGAACGCCCCGCACUCCCCGUAGUCUUGCGCACGCGCAUGGCAGUGCGCGCACGCCCCGCUCCCGCGGGCCCACCACGCCUGGCGGCAGGCGCAGCAGAAGCAGGGGGAACGCGGAGGGGUGGGGGGAGGCGAACAGGGGAUGGAAGAGAGGGGAAGAGGGGGACAAUGAGGACACGGUGGGGGAGGGUAGGGGGGCGCAGAGAAGAGGGGGGGGCAGCAGGCAUGGGAGAGGCGGUGCUGGGGUAGGUAAUACUGGUGACGGUGCUGCUGCUGAUGGUAGUGUUGGUUGGGGUGGGGGAGGGAGCAGUUGGGACGAGGAAGGGGAGGAGGGGGUGACAGGGGCUGGUGUGAGGUUGGGGGGGAGAAGGGGGCGGAGGAGGAGGGGGGGAAGUAGGGGGAGCGGGGGGAGUGAUGCGCGGUGGUGGCGGAAUAUGUCUAGAGAUGGGGACAUGGGGAGUGAGAGUGAGGAAGGGGAGGGGGUGGAGGGGAUGGAGGGAGGAGGGGAGAAGGCAGGCAGGCGGAACGACACAAUGAGCAAGCGUAGCAGCGGUGCUGGUGGCGGUGCUGCUGCCAGUGGGGGUGGUAGUGGUGCUGGCAGCAGGAGCGAGCAUGCAAGGAGCGGCGGUGACACAGACGCUGACGCAAGCUCUGAUGCCACCGCAGCAGCAACUGCAGCAGCGGCAGAGUUUCCCCCAAGCGGCGGCAGCAACAAGAGCACAGAGAGUCGGCAGCAGCAGCAGCAGCGGAACGGGUUUGGGCUGGACCACAGUCGCUUCCUGAGCCGCGUAUACGGUAGUGAGAGCAGCCGGGGUGGCCCUGGGGGAAGCUACAACUGGCGCACAGAGGAUGCGGGGAAUAAUGGGGGAACUGGUGGUGAGGGUGGCGAGAGUGGGGAGAAUGGAGGGGUGGUGGGGAGUGAAAAGCGGUUCUGGUGGGAGACGGCUGCGGUUGGGGGGAAGGAUGGGGGGGAUGGGGAGGUGUUUGGAGCGAGAGUGGGAGAUUUGGGUGUGGGUAUGGGAGGGGCGUUUGGAGGGGGGAGAGGUGCGCUGAAUGGGGCAGGGGUGGUUGGAGAUAGUUUGAUCAAUGUUGACGCGCUGAGGCGCAAGGGCAACGCGAGUGUGGGCGGGGGCGAUGAUGCUUCCCAUGCUACCGGGAUGCGUGAUAAUGCGCCUGGUGAUGGUGAUGACAGUGGUGACGGUGGUGGUAAUGGCGGUAAUGGUUGCCGCUCUGGUUAUGAUGAUCACUCGCCUGCUGCUGCUGCCGCCGACUCUGCUGUGCCAAGUGCUGCCAUGCACAACGAACCACAUGCUGCUGCUGCCACGCCCCUGCCCCCCUCGUUCACGCCCCUGUCCCCUGUCAAGCCCCCCGGCACCCCUUCCUCCCGCUCCCCUCGCACUGCCUCCCUCCGCUCCCCCCGCUCCCCCGCCUCCUUGUCCGCGCGCCCUUCUCCCCCUCUCUCCCCGCUCUCUCCCCGCGCCCCUCUCCCCGCACCUGACACCUCCCCCGACCACGCUGCUUCGAUUCCGUUUGACCUGCCUUCUUCAUCCUCUGUUCCCCUGCCCUCCAUGCCCGCCCUGCCUGCUCCGCCGGCGCUGUCAACGAGAGAGCCCACCGUAUCUCGCUCUCCCGACUCUGACCUCCAUGCUGCUUCUCCUCCUCCCCCAUCCGCGCUUCACCCUGCUUCCUCCUCUCCCUCCGCGCUCCCUCUCGACUCCCACCACUCCGAACCGUUCUCCACUCCUCCGUACCCGGAAGACCCAUCGUUCCUGGCGCUACCUGCCACUGCUGCUUCGGCAUCCCUUCAACCGCCCUAUACCUCCGUGCAACCCACCUAUACCUCUCGUUAUGCUGCUCAAUACGGGGCAGGGGCAGGAGCAGGGGUAGGGGCAGGGGCAGGGGCAGCAGGGGCGGGCAGGGGCGGGAGGGCUAGAGUGGGGGUGGCAGCAGCGGCGCUGGCAGCACUGGCGGGAGGGGGUAAGGGCAGGAAGGCUUGGUCUCGUACCACUGCUGCUGCUCCUCCUCCUCCUGCUGCUGCUGCUGCUGCUGCUGCUGCUGUUGUGGCUGCUACCCCUGCUGCUGAUCUUGAUGGUGCUGCUGCCGUGGGUGGAGUGGAGGUUGGGGCGGAGAAAACGGCAGGGGGACGGGAGGAGGGAAGGAGGGAGGAGGAGCAGGGGCAAGGGAAGGCGAGAGUGGGAUGGCUGGGGACGCGGAGGAAUCAGGAGGAGGAGCGGCAGAGGCUCAAGGCGCUGAUUCGCAGCAGCAGUGGGGAUGAGGGCGAGGGGGAUGUGGGGGACAGUGCAGGGAGCGUGGGGGGAACAGGAGUGGGGGAGCGGGCUUAUGGGCAUGGGGCGCAUGGGGUUGGCGCCAGUGGGGAUGAAGGCGAUGGUGAGAUAAGGAGCAGCAGUGGGGGCUCAUUCGGGGCUAGAGCGGAACAAGGGAAUGAGGAGGAGGAGGAGGAGGAGGAAGAGGUGGAGGAGCCUCACUGGGAGGUGCUGCGGGACAUUCACGAUGAGAUGGCUGCUGAAUGGCUGCGCCGGGGACUGCAGAAACGAGCACUUGCAACAGGAUGUAAAGAAGACUACAGACUGAAUGGUGGGGACAGUAGAGAGCAGAUACCAAUGAUAGGAGCACAGGAGGAGAUGGUGCAGGAGCAAGAGGAGGAGGAAGAGGAGGAGGGGAAUCGGUGGUGGGAGAAGGGAAGCGGGGGCUUGCUAAGGUACCGCAGUGGUGGGAGUGAUAUGGACCCGUUUGGCUCAGGCAAAUUCUUCGUGUUACCUUCUGAGAAAAUAGGAUCAGGUGAUGUGUCAUCUCACCACUCUCACCACGCUCACCAGUCUCGCCAGCUUGACAGGCCGUUUGGCUCCGGCAAGGGCUUUUUCCUGCCUUCGGAAAAGAGGGGAUGGCUGAUGGGAGGGAGCGUGAAGGAGGGCGAGGAGAUGGGGGAGAAGGCUGACGUGGAGUAUGGCGAUGGGGAUCGUGGUGCGGAUAGAGAUGAGGGUGGGGAUGGGAAUAGGGAUGGGGAUGGAGAUGGGGCUACGGACGACCACUUUGAGAAGGAUGAUGGAGGGAAGACGGCAGAUGAGAGCACGGGAGGCACAGAAUCCAAGGCAGGCGAACGAGCAGAGGAAGUAGCAGCAGCAGCAGCAGCAGCAGCAGCAGCAGCAGCAGCAGCAGCAGCAGCAGCAGCAGCAGGAGUGGUACCAGCAUCGCCUGCUGAAGCUGGUUUCUCCUCGCCUGACCCAUCCGUGUCCGCACAUGCCCCGUGCACCCCUCACAUACAGGACAAACGCAUCUUCUCCUCCCCCUCCACUGCCUCCCCUUCCCCUCUCUCCUCAUUCUCCCCCUCCCUCUCCACGCCCUCUCCCCCCACUGCCUCAUCCUCCUCCUCUGCCGCUUCCUCCUCGUCAGCAUCAUGCCUGGCGCCUCACACCCCUCCUCUCCCCCCGCCCCCUGGCCGUGUACUCGUCUUCUCCCCCGCCUCGCCGUUGGAGGAGCAGCCUGAGGUGACUUCUGAGUCGACUCAAAAGUCAAACACGACCGCUCUGCCCCCUCCUCCUGGCCGUGUGCUUGUCUUUUCCUCCGCCUCGCCCCUGGACGAGCGGCGUGAGAGUGAGGGCGUGUGCACCGCAGCAACCACUGGUGCAGGCACCGGUGCCAGCGGUGCUGAUGCAGGCACGGCUGCAAGCACGAGACGGCUGGAACAGGAACUCAGAGCAACAGAGAGCCCACCAGCGGAGCGACUGUCUCCUGUGCAUCAGCCAGCGUCGCCCUCCCAGGCAGCAGCAGCAUCUUUCGAGCUGCCCUCGCCCUCCCAACAACUGGCAUCGGUGGAGGCGCCAUCGCCGUCCCAACACGCGGCAUCAAUAGAUCUACCCUCGCCUUCUGAACAAGCCCUUUUAAUGGAGGUACCCUCACCAUCAUCAUCAUCCCAGCAAGCCCCCCCGUCCGUGGAACUACCCUCGCCAUCGUCCCAGCAGGGCCUGUCCGUGGAGGUGUCUCCAGUGGGGUCGCAGGGAGGGCGGAUGAAGCCGUGGCGCAGCAGAAGCAUAGGAGGCCGCGCAGGCAUUCCCAGCCCCAGAGCAAGCAUUCCCAGCCCCAGGGCUCGUGGAGCAGGGACAGCAGGAGGGGCAGGAGGAGCAGGAGGGGCAGGCGGGGCAGGCGGGGCAGGCGGGGCAGGGGGAGGGGCUGGUGGGUCGCUGGUUAGUCCCAGUGCGAGGAGUCGCAGUGAAGGCAACAGCCCCUCAGUGGCGAUGACAUCUGGAAGGUCAUCAUCGGGCGCAGCAGGGAGCGGCCUCAGCUUCUUCUCCUCCUCGCCCUCCUCCACGCCUCGCUCGCUCUCGCCCAGCCGAACAGCACCUCCGGUCAACCCACGGCGCUGGCUCAACUGCCUCAAGUCGCACCCGCUUAUCGGUCCCAAGAUCACGGCACGGGACGAGGGGCCGCUGCAAUUCAUUCAGGACAUUCGCAUUCUCGACUGCCCCAACAGUGCCAAGGGAGCACGGGUGGAGUUUCUGUUCCGUGCCAAUCCCUUCUUUGGCAACAUCAGGCUAACCAAGUCGUACAUAGUGAAGGACAGGAUUCGCUACGGUGACCCGCUCUUCUCCAGCAUCCAAGGCUUCCAACUUUCCCCCUUCCGCACCCCUCUCCCUCCAUUUGACACUCGCCUUCCUUCCCAUUCUUCCUCCCUUCGCCCUCCUUUUCCACCCCUUCUGUCUUCUGAGGCAUCUGAAAACCAGCUUUCAUGUUUCCAAUCCCUACUAACCCCGACCCACCUAACCCCCCCCCUCCCCUUCCCCCCAUCUCCUUCCCCUCCCGCCUCCCCUCGAACCCUUUCUCAGCUCCACCAUUCAUUGGCUUCCAGGCAAAGACGAGGAGGUGCUAGCAAGGGGAGUGGUGUGGGUGGUGGCAAGGAGCGUGGGGGAGAGGGUGGAGGUGAAGGAAGAGGGCUGGGGGCACAGGCGCAAGUGGAGGAGGAGGAGAGCUUCUUUUUCUUCUUCCGCUCGCGCCCCGCACUCACAGAGGAGGAGUCUUCAGAAGAGACUGUGGAGCUGAAGCUACUGGAAGAUGUGGUGACACAAGCAGCAGAGAGAGACAUCGAAGCUCCUGAGCGAAUAGUGACUAACCUGCUCGCGUGGUACUCUCACCUGGAGGAGGGUGCAGAGGACGAUGAGAGCAGCAGCUGCGGCAGCAGCAGCAGCAGAACGGAAACCACAGAGGGGGAAUCCCUGGACGCAGAGAGAGCAGGGAGUGGGAGGAGUGAGGCGAGUGAUGGUGGCCCCAUCCCGCCUCAACUCUCCACCCAACGCCCGCCCGCGCUCCUUGCUCCCCCCCAUCCCCUUCCGCCGCUUUCCCCCUGCGCCACAACCCCUCCCCCUCCCCCCUGCCCCGCGCAACCCUGGUCUGAGCAGGGGCUGUGGCAGCUGGGGCUGAGACCUGGCCCAGAUGCGGCUAGGUUGAGAGAGGUGCGGUUGGAUAGCCUUAAUGCUGCUUCGAAGGGACGGAAAUGGAGGUUGGUGGGAAAGGGGAGGGGGAAGUGGGGAGGAGGGAGUGAUGGGAGUGGGAGUGAUGAGGCGGAGGAGGAGGGUGGGGAGGAGGGAGAGGAGGAGGAAGAAGAGGAGGAGGAGGAGGGAGAGGAGGAGGUGGAGAGGCUGGGAGAAAUGUUGAUGAAACUGGAACAAGAGAGAGGGGCGUGGGCUGGGAAGGAGGGGGUUGAGGGGGAUGCGGAGGCAGGAAGGCAAGGUGCGAAGACAAAGGUUGGAGAGGAGGAGGAGGAGGAGGAGGAGGAGAGGGAGGAAGACAUUGGGGGUGAAUCUGAUGAUGGUAUGAUGCCGGGGAUGGUGGAUGCGGGGGAGGAGGAGGAGGGCGAGGAAGGAGCAGGGAGUAGAGCGAAGCCAAGCAGCAGCAAGAGCAGCAGCGAUUUCAAAGCAAGGGGAGAUACUGGAGAUGAGUUUUACAGGUGCGGGGAAGGUGGGGGAGUUGCAGGGAGAGAGGUGGGGAGAGUGGCAGAAGCGAGCACCAAGGAAGCAUCUGUGCCGUCUGGAAGACCAUCUGAAACAUCACUUGACACCUUCUCCCACGCAUCACCUGAGACAUCACCUGACGGCACACCUGACAGGACUCCUGGCAGCACACCUGAAGGCAACCCGGGGAGCGACGGCAGCUGGAGCUUGCGAAUGGGGAGUGAGAGUGAAGAGGCAGAGAUGCCGGGAAUGGGGGGUGCAGAGGAAGAGGACGACUUCGACGUGCCUCUGGAAGCGUUGCAGAACCUCCGACCUGCUCAACCACACCCACUCCUCCUCCUGCCGCUCCGACUCACCCCGCACACUCCCAUCGCGGCUGCUGCCGCUGCCGCUGCGGCUGCAGCGACUGCAGAAGCAGCAGAGGCAGCGGCGGCGGAAGUGGCGGCGGUGACAGCAGCGGGGAUGCACUCUGGCUGGCCUGCUGCAGGUGGAAACACGUGGGGUGAGUGCGAGUGGUGGAUGCUGCCUUACCGUCGCACAGGGGGGGAGACAGAGACAGAGGAGGGAGAGCAGGGAGAGGAGGAUGAGGAGGAGGAGGAGGAGGAGGAAGACGAGGAGGAGGAAGAGGAGGAGGAGGAGCCUCCAGUGCUGUUAACUCUCAAGUGGAGGGCGGCUGAGAGAUCCUCUAGCGAGGUGCACGGCACAUUUGAGACUUCUCAAAAGGAUUUCUUCGAGGAAGGAAAGAACUGGCGUGAGAAAGACAGCACGGGUGCACCACCAUCCCAGCACCACCACGCCUCCACCUCCCCCUCGCCCACACUCCCCCAGACGCACCUCGCAGACCUCCCAGAUCCCCUCCUCGCCCUCAUCCUCGCCCGCAUCUCCCACCCUAGCGACAUCGCCGCGUGCCUCCUCGCCAGCCGCCGCCUCUCCCGCCUCACCCGCUCCUCCCUCUCCCUCCUCGCACUCCCCCCCGGGGCCCGCAUUAAUACGUCCGACCUGCUGCCGUGUUUGGCUGACCCGGGGAGGUAUCCGGGGUUGGCGGGUGUGGUGCUGGGGAGGGAUGCGGUGGAGGAGGAGGGCGAUGAUGUGGUGCUGGCGCUGGCGGCGUGUGGGGAGAGGCUGGUGAAGCUGGCUGUGGAUGGGCAGCCCAAUGGCAUGGUGAGUGGUGGGGAUGGGUGCUGGGGGGAUGUGGUGGGUAUGAGUGGAUCGCACCAAGUGCCGUUCUCUAUCCAGUCUCGACUCUCUCUUCCUCUCCUGCACCAAUCUGCAAGCCCUUUCUCUCUGCACCGGUCGCUACACCCGCACACUCCCGCCCACUCUCUCCUGCCUCUCCGCCCUCUCCUCUCUCACUAUCAACAACAGCGCAUGCAAACUAGGCUUCUUGAUCUCAGGCGCUGCUAUGAAAUUUCAAUGCUGCCCGAGUCGCUGGGCAGCUUGAGCAAUCUCCGGGUGCUGCGCCUGGUGCAGUGCUUUUCUGUGGGGUCGCUGCCCGAGUCCUUGGGGCAGCUGGAAAAGCUUGCAUGUAUUUAUGUAGACAACAGGGUGGAUGGAGAUUCAGAGGAGGGGGAAGAGGAGGACGAGCAGCAGCAGCAGCAGCAGCAGGAGGCGGAGUGGUUUGGCGAAGGAAACACAAAGCGGGAAGAAGCACGAGGGGAGGAGGACGACGAGGAGGAGGAGGAUGGGCCAGGAGGGCUGGUAACCCUUCCUGACUCCCUAGGCAGAGCACGUGGCUUGCAGCGGCUGGUGCUCCGGUCAAACAUCGGCCUGCGUUCACUGCCGGCCUCCCUCCACCUGCUCUCCUCCCUCCGCUGCCUCACUCUUGACUUCUCCGAAACACGGCCGCCUUUAUCGUCGACUGCAGAAGCAGGUGCAGCAGCAGCAGCAGAAGCAGCAGCAGUAGAUGCAUCCGCAGCAGCAGAAGCAGCAGCACCGCCGGCAGUUGCGCUGCGUGCUGCGGCUGCGGCUGCUGCUGUUGUGACUCCUGGCAGCAAGCUGUGGGACCUCGGGGAAAACGCGUUUGGGUUUGAGCACCAGAGCAGGGGGGAGGCUUUGCACGAAGGAGAGGUGGAGGCGGAGGAGGAGACAGGGGGGGAGCAGAUUGUAGGGUUUCGUGCGUGGGAGUGGGAGAUGCAAGGGAGGAAGGGAGGGCAGAGGGGAUUUGGAAGAGGGAGCGAGGAGUGGCGGUGGGCGGAUGGUGUGAUGGGUGGCACUCCUGUGACCACCUUGCAAUUCUACUUCCACACUGCAGUUCCCUCCGCACCUGCUUUAGCAGCAGCACCACCACCACCAGCAGAACCAGCAGCAGCAACAGGAGCAGCAGCAGCAGCAGCAGCCCACGGUAUAUCCCACCUGAGCCCCUCUCUCCACCACCUCUCCAGCCUCCACUGUCUCGAGCUCAUUAACUGCUCCUCCCUUCGCCACCUGCCCUCCUCCCUCACCUCCCUUCCCUCCCUGCGCCGCCUGGUCCUGCUCAACUGCCCCUCCCUCACCGCCCUCCCGCAAGGAAUCUCCCGCCUCUCCUCGCUCUCCUCCCUCGUGCUCCUGCACUGCCCGCUGCUUGCUGGGAGCGAGCGGCAAGGGGAAGCAACAGAGGGGAGAAUUGCAUCAGGCGGAGAGACGCUGCUGCUAGGGCAGGGGACUUGCAAGAGGGGUGAUGAUUCAGCACCGAGGCGUGAGAACGGGGGUAUUGAAUCAUGUGGCAGAGCUUUAAAUGGAGGUCAUUGGAGCAGUGGCAGUGGCAGUGGUAGCGGCAACGGCAGCAGUGGAGGCGGGAAACUGACAGAGCUGGUGGGCCUGCCGCUGACGAGAGUAGUGGUGGAUUCUCACACUCUCACGCUGCUGCCUCCAUCCCUCAUCUCCUCUCUCCGGCGCAACCUGGUGCUCCUGUCACCCUGA